CUACUUCCGGGCAAAAGGAGGAGAAAUCCGUCACGUUUGACACAUUGUAGUAGCUUUCUUACAGUUUACAGAACAUAAUGCCUCAUCAACAACCUUCAUUCAAACAAAGGAGAUCAUUUGAUCAGAGGAAAAAGGAUGUUGAAGCCAUACAAACCCAACACCCUGACAAGAUACCUGUAAUCAUUGAGCAGUAUGAAGGGGAAAAGGGUCUUCCAGCAUUGGACAAGACAAAGUUCCUUGUUCCAGAUAAUGUGAACAUGAGUGAACUUGUUAAAAUCAUAAGACGUCGACUUCAGCUGCACCCAAGCCAAGCAUUUUUCCUUUUGGUGAACAACAGGAGCAUGGUUAGCAACACCACACCCAUUUCCGAAGUUUAUGAAAGAGAGAAAGAUGACGAUGGCUUUCUGUACAUUGUGUACGCAUCCCAGGAAACAUUUGGCUAACUUUUUUUCCAUGUUGAGAAAGAGAAUCCUAAAUUUUGGACUAUUGUGGAGGUGUCAGCAGAAUUGGAGAUGUUGCUUUGACUGAGAACGUGCUUGUAAAGCUGUGUAAUUAUAGAAAUGGUUUCUGUCAUGUACCAUCUGUCUGCAUGUAUAUAACUGACCAAUUGUUAUAUAUGUUUUAUGUCUAAUUAACUUUCUGCUCUGACAUUUUGUUUUUGAAACUGUGGAAGAUUAUCUGUUGUAGAACUAAUUUGGUCUGACUGGGUUUUGGGUAUGUUGCCAAGGGACACAAGUUUGUUGGGGUUGACUCAGAUAGAUAUGAACAUCUAGAUUUUGACAAAUGGAAGAAUGCUAAUUCUGAGGCCAUUGUUAUCGUAUACAUACCAGUAUGUCAGAGGUUCAUUAUAUGUAAACUACAAUAAUAUUCUCUAAAACAAAAAAAUGUUCAUGAUAUGCUUAAAAGGUGGAGAGCAUGGGCUUGUUACUGUGGUAUAUUCUUAGAAAAUAUCUUAGUCAUCUUUUAAUUGGUGAUAAUGGUCAAAUAAUAAUCUGCAGAUGAUAUGGUAGAAGUUCUGUUCAGCUACUUUUGUCACUGUUUGAUUUACAGCUGUAGUCGUUUUUCAACACCAUUUGUGUUACGUUUUCUUCCUCUUUAGUAUUAUCAUGUUGUCUAUGAGCCAGGUACUGUUUUUCAAAUGAAUUUUCUCUAACCCCUAAAAUUCUCCAGGACAUGCUGUUGUUGAAACAAGAACACUUACAAAAAUGUGCUCAGCGCACAAAGUUUGUGUUCACAUUUGACAAGAGGCACUGUGAUCAAUGUUGAAGACUGCUGUCAGUAUCUUAUGGCUUGAAAAUAGUUUUUAAAGACUUGUUUUACCAAGGUUUGGCAUAAACAUGUUGGAAUCUAUGAAUGACGCUGGUUAUGUAAUCAGUGUUUCAACCAGUGUGGAGUAUGGGCUCCAGUUUCUGAUACUCACAAAAAACUAUGUCCAUAUACAGUGGAAUAUAACAUAUAAAUAAUUUGAGCAUGCACUGGGUUUAAUACGCUUGUUUCGAGAUAUGACGUUAUGACUACAGAGUGAUGUCCCUUUAUGACAUGACGUUGUCACUUUACGGCACGGUAGGGCCAAUCUGGUAAUUUUAUCAUGGGGUGGUAUAUAGAAUAUAGAGAAGUAAUUGAAAGGAUUACACUGAUCUUCUGAAUUGUGUUGUCUGAAGGGGUGAAUUAGCGUUCCCCCCAAUAUUGCACAAAACAUGAUGUUCUUUGAUCUAAACACGAUCACUGCCAUGUUAAAGGAUAGGCAAGUAGCCCUACUGUGCUGUAUAGUGGCGACGUCUUUUUGCACGGAGACGUCAUUCUGUUGUCGUAAUGGCGUAACUAGAAAACUGCAUAUUACAGAGUAAUAUAUACUCGUAUUUGUGUGUGAAUUUUUAGUAGCACUGGAAAACAGCCAGUGAUGUUAAUUUUUUUUUAACAAAGCACAUUGCACAGUUAUCUGGAUUUGAAUUGUGCAGCUGCAAGUGGGAAUUAGUAUUAAAAGUUACUGUGUCUCAGUUUGCAAAACCCGGCUGUGGUAAAUGCCCAGGAUUCUGUCUUUGUGUGGAAUGAUAAAACACGAGUCACAUGGUAUUAUUUUGUUUUGCUAACGAAUAGCAGUUGAAAGUUGCCUUUAGUAUUGUAUAAGAAGCACAGCUUACUCUCAUUACCAAAAGUAUGUACAGAUAUCUGUAUCACUCUUGUAUACCUUAGCUACAUAGCAUUGGGUUACAGACUUGGUCUCAUGGUAGCACGUAAUAGCAGUUCUUUGGAAUGGUCAGUGUAGAUUACUGCGAUGUAGAUUGAAGAAGUGAAAUAACAACUGAGUUAUAUCUGAUAAGAAAUAUGUGAUUUCCCAGCAAUGCUUUUUCGUGGGGAGGUGGGGUGCUGCUUGCUAUCUUGCAUUAGAGUUUUCCAGAUUCCGGCGGGGCAUGUAUGUAGGUGGGGUACAUUGUCUAUCAAGUUGACACGGUGCAUAGAUAUAUGGAAGUGUACAAGGUUAAUGUUCUUUUGGCUAGUGUGGAGUAAGGCUUGUGCUCUUGUUAAAGUUAAAGUAAUGCUAGGCAGUCAGAGUAAAGUGCAAAGGUUUGCUGGACAAACUUCGGUUCAAGUGGGGAUUUCAGCAGGAGCUUCUGCUAAACUCCCGUGUGUUACCCCAUACAACAGACUGAUUAGAAACAUUUCCAGCCAUUAGAAUGGAUACAGGGAAGUCAUUGUUUGUGGAUUGAGCUAGACCACUGAGGUAUUUGAUCAUUUGAUGUAAUACUUAAAUUGGCAAAUAUAUUUGUUAGGCAAAAGUGUGUAUUUUAUUUCUCAAUAUUUGACUAGUCUUUGGAGGUUUGUUCUUGAUUUUUGAUGUAAAUAAGAUUGAACAGAAAGGCCAAAAAAUAAAAGUAAUUAGUGUGUUCUUGUGCUGGAGGAUAUACAGUAAUAGUAGGUGCGAAAUAGUAAUGGUAAGGGCUACAAUUGAUUUUGCUGUAUUUUGUUAUCUGGUCUAUGUUGUAAAUGUAUUAAAUGAUAGUGUUUUAUACCCAGGUGUAUUUAAUUUGUCUCAUUGUAAAAAAAAACUGAGAAUGCAGACUAUUUGUAAAGAUGACAUGCAGAACAUGCAACUCUAAAUGCUGAUGUACACGUAUAGAGCUUUAGAAAAUUUUUUUCAAUUUGAAUGCCUGAUAAAUACAAACAUUGAAACCGCUCAUCUGUUUAGCUGAAAAGUUAUGAUCAGUUCUCUAUUUAGAAGCUUUUUUCGUCAAUAUCUUAAAAAACUUUUUUUUACAGAGCUGAAAUGAUUGUAUAAUUCAGAGAUACCAUUAACAAUCAUGCAAUUAGCUUUGAUUUAAGUUUUUAAAGCAAAAAGUACAUUUUGAAAACUCCUAGUUUCGGUGCAGAUUGAUUGAUGAUCAUUGCUCCAAGAUGUCGGUUUUGAUCAGAUAUUACUGUAUUAGUGUACCAGUAUCCAUUGUCUACUUAACACUCGCAGAUUGAAACCCUUGGCCAGUAUCCUAGCCUUUUGACGUUCUGUACACCAAGAAACACACAUCAGUAUAUACUGGUAAAGUAUUGCACAUUAGUGUGUGAAGAAGUCUGCAAGUGUGCGCAUCAUACAGAACAAAUCUGUUUUGCCACAUGUUUACAUAUGUUUCUGUCUGAUGCACCAUGUUAACAGAUUGGUUAGGAUUUAUCAUAUGUUACUUGUAUGAUGUUUUGAUCACUGUAUGAUUGAAAAUACCAGCAGCGAUUUGGAUUGUUUGAUUAGAUCUGUUCAUCAUGGCCGUCCGACUGAAUGCCAAUCAUAUUAGUAUCCACCUUUACUGAUAUGUCAUCUCCAAUCAAUUGUGUAUUUCCAGUGUAACAGUUUUUGGCAUCAGUGCAAAUCUUAUACAAUAAUACUUUUUCUCUUUAAUGUUGAUCUGAAGGACAUAUUCUUGCAUUGUUGUGGUAAUGCACUCGUAACAUUGAAAAGUCGGCGGUGUUAAGUUUAAAUAAAUGGGAUUAUUUCAUG